AUGAGUAGCGAUGAGAAUCAUCCUCCGUCCCACGAGCCUUCGCGCAAGCGUCGUGGGUCAGCGCUUCACAUGGGUCCGCGUAAAAAGGCGACUUCAUCGAAUCCGCUAGUUCUUCACGGCCGACAUUUUGGUCGGACCGUGUUUGCAAUGUGCAACUAUCCUGCUCUCCUUACUUCAGGUGUACUUCGGCUCGAAGAAUUACAGGAUACUCCAAUAGAGGAUUAUCCAGCGGAUGUUCGCCGGGAACACCGGGUGUUCAUGGAGCUAGUAGACUCUUAUCCCGGUCUUUUAGAACGUCUGGCGAAUGGCGAGGAGGAAGAUAUUCACCACGUGGGAGAAUUAUUGGGUAAAGGGGCGUCUGGUGCUCGAGGUGAUGAUACCAAGACACUUAAAUCUGCCGUCCUUGAAUGGCUUGUGCCCAGAGGACAAGUUGUCAUACCGCCCCUCUCUCGAAACAUUAAAUCUGACCGCGGCUUUAAUCAUGAAGUGACCGGUGCGCUGCUCUGCCCCGCAGGCCUCGACUGGUCGAAUGCAGAGACAAAGCAGGGUCUCAUGAGUGGUGAAACCGCAGUCCGUGGUGACCAGUGGCCCAUGUUUCUAUAUACAGGUUAUGUGUAUGAUCCCGAAGAUCCGUGGAAGGGUUUAUUGAGGAGUGAGAUCCUCGUCUUCGGUUUCAAACAUGUCUUCACGUCUCCGAGCUCGGUGGACAAGGAGCCAAAAGCUACCCGCUCUGGCAAUGCUUACAUUCAUGGCAUGAAGUCUGUAACUAAAGGGUCCCUGGCCUACAUCGCCACGCAGGUUCGGUUUUCGUUAACUUCUUCUUCUGUAUUUUCUCGUACCGACAUGGUCACGGACUCCGACAAUUUCUACCAUAGCAUUCUUGACCUGUUGGAGGAUCCUGAUGAGCAUGAGGAAGUAGCUGACCUCAUGAUGUGGUGGACACGUCGGGUUUUUCCUAAUUCGUCAUCUUCACAGCGCUGUACCAGCAAAAACAGCGCACUGUCAAAAAUUCGGGAAAAACGCGCUGCCUUACAAGAACGAGCCACUGCCGACACUACUUAA